UUUAGAAGUUUAGUUGAAGGCUGCCGACUCUGCAAAUCUGAGUUGAAGCAGGACAAAGAGCAGACAUGUGGUGGGUGUUGUGGCUUCUCGCCGCAGUUCUCGCUCUCUUCUGCAUCGUGGAUGUGUGGUACUUCGUGCGGGCCGCCGUGGUGAUCCUGCGGGCCUGGUUUCAGCCUCCAGUCUGGGACGUCACGGCAGAGCAGGUCCUGACGGGUCGGGUCACCCCACACGACAUCGACAUGUGCCACAUGAAUAACGCUCGAUACCUGCGCGAGUGCGACUUCGCCCGCUUCUCCCUCUACACGCGGAACGGCGUGUUCAAGGCGACGCGGGCCCUCGGGGCCAACAUGGUCGUCGGCGCCACCACCAUUCGUUACCGCAGGGCUCUGUGUAUAGGAGAAGGCUACGAGCUGCGCAGUCGGAUCGUAACGUGGGACGACAAGGCCUUUUUCCUGGAGCAGAGAUUUGUGUCGACGAAAGACGGGCUGGUGUGCGCCGUCAUGUACUGUAAGCAGAGUGUGAUACGCAACAGCCCGGACAAGAUCUUGCAGCACCUGUGCAAAAGGAAGGUGGAAAGACCCGAGUUUCCAGAGGACCUGCAGCACUGGGUCAACUUCAUCUCUGCCAGCAGCCAGGCCCUCAGAGCUGAGAGUGGUCUGGAGGAGAAGAACAAAUAAAGAAUCAAAUGGACAGCUGUUAGUGCUAACCUUUUUAUAACCCUGACAGUUCACCCAUCCAAGAGUCAUAUGUGGAGCGAGACAUCUCUGCUCCGUUAAAUGACUGUUGCACAUCUGUGCCUACAUUUUGCACUGAGGGAAAUAAGCUUCAAUUAUUUACAGAGGAAUCACUGAAAUAACUCUGUUUAGUUCUUUGAGAGUUGAAAGUGUUUAUAAAUGAUCUUUAAUGGAAAAGUCAUUUGACUACAUAAUUUGUAUCAUCUUUUAACAAUAAAAUAAUGAGUUUAGUUUGAAGGUUUUACAAAUACAAUAAAAAUCCAUGCUUUCCUAA